GUAAUUUGUAAAUUAUAGGAAUAGGACGGACGACGUAAAUACAGAAAUUUCGUUUAUUUUAUACUUUUUUUUGUUUUAUUUUUUAUUUUCCGGAAAAACUAUAAAUCAGCAAAUUAUUUUGAUUCCUAGUUGUGAAUAGUAACCACACCUAUAAACUAUAAUAAAUACAAGCAAUUAGCACAUACAAAGUUUAAUAAUGGAGGAAUUAAAAAAUUUUUUGCGUGAUGCUGCUGGAGAAGUAAUAAGUGAUAUAAAAACUGCAGCAAUUGAGAAAGCUAAUGAAUUUCUUGGAACUGCAGUCAACGAAGUUUUUCUAAAAAAAGAAUCUGAGCACAAAAAAGUUUUGCCGUGUGUUAGAAAUAUGAAAGUAUUAAACCUUGAGUCAUCGGGAUUUUCCCAACAAAAAUAUAAAAGUUCAAGAAGAUCCCGAGUCGAAAUUCAAGAUUAUGAAAGUUUAAAAAAUAAAUGUUUAGAUAAUGGGUCACUGUUUGAAGAUCCAUUAUUUCCAGCUUCUGAUGAAUCUCUACUUUUUUCUCGACGUUCUGAUAGGUACUUCGAGUGGUUAAGACCUCAUGAAAUUUCAAAUAGUCCGCAAUUUUUUGUUGAAGGAUAUUCUCGAUUUGACAUACAACAAGGAGAGCUUGGCGAUUGUUGGUUGUUAGCUGCAACAGCAAACUUAACCCAAGAUUCGAAUUUAUUUUUUAGGGUUGUACCACCAGAUCAAAGUUUCGAGGACAACUACGCUGGAAUUUUCCACUUUUGUUUUUGGCAAUACGGCAAAUGGGUUGAUGUUGUAAUAGAUGAUCGUUUGCCAACCUAUCGUGGGAAACUAAUGUAUAUGAAUUCGACAGAUAAAAACGAGUUCUGGAGUGCUUUGCUGGAAAAAGCUUACGCCAAAUUACAUGGAUCUUAUGAGGCAUUGAAGGGUGGUACUAUGAUAGAAGCAAUGGAAGAUUUAACUGGUGGAGUUGGGGAGAUGUACGAAACAAAAGAUGCUCCGUCAAAUCUGUUUGAUAUCAUGCUUAAGGCAUAUGAAAGGAAUUCUAUGAUGGGAUGCAGCUUGGAACCAGACCCACAUGUGUUUGAAGCUGAAACUGAGAAAGGGCUCAUACGUGGCCAUGCGUACUCUAUAACUAAGGUCUCUUUAAUGGACAUAGCAACACCAAACCGACGAGGUAAAAUACCCUUACUUCGUUUGCGUAAUCCAUGGGGGAAUGAGGCUGAAUGGAAUGGUGCGUGGAGUGAUCAUUCUCCUGAAUGGCGAUUUAUUCCUGAUAGUGAAAAAGAAAGGAUUGGUCUAAACUUUGAUAGAGAUGGAGAAUUUUGGAUGUCUUUCCACGAUUUCCUUAGUAAUUUUGAUCGCGUUGAAAUUUGUAAUAUGUCCCCAGAUUCUCUCUCAGAAGAACAAAGACACGAUGGUCGCCGUCGGUGGGAAAUGUCAGUUUUUGAAGGAGAAUGGACACCUGGUGUAACGGCAGGUGGCUGCCGAAAUUUUUUAGAUACGUUUUGGCACAACCCUCAGUAUGUUAUUCAUUUGGAAGAUCCUGAUGAAGAAGACGAUGAUGGUAAAUGUACGGUCAUCAUUGCCCUUAUGCAAAAAAAUCGCCGUUCUAAAAGGCAUGUAGGAAUGGAUUGUUUAACAAUUGGAUUCGCUAUUUAUCAUUUGCAGUCACGGGAUUUAUUGAUUAAACCACAACCAUUAAGUUUCUUCAAAUACCGUGCGUCAGUUGCUAGAUCACAAUAUUUUAUCAAUACUAGAGAAGUAAGUGGGAGAUUCAAAUUACCUCCUGGACACUAUUUAAUUGUUCCAUCAACUUUUGACCCCAAUGAAGAAGGGGAGUUUUUAAUUCGUGUAUUUUCCGAACACAAAAAUAAUAUGAAAGAAAAUGACGAAAAUGUUAAUUAUGGAAACGAUAUCGACAAUAAUAUUCCAACUAUUAUUCCGCGCGCUCCAACACCUACAAUUCAUGAUCCUCAGCGAGAUGCUUUAGAACGAUUAUUUCGAAAUAUUGCUGGUCCAGAUAUGGAAGUAGGAUGGAAGGAAUUGAAACAAAUUUUAAAUUACUCUAUGAAAGAUGCAGAAUUUUCGAAAGACAUAUGCCGAUCUAUGGUUGCGAUGAUGGACGCCGAUGCAUCUGGUAAAUUAGGAUUUGAGGAAUUCCAAACAUUACUUACAGAUAUUGCAAAAUGGAAAGCGGUAUUUAAAUUAUAUGAUCGCGAUGGUGAAGGCAGUAUAGAUGAAUUUGAGCUUAGAACUGCUUUAAAAUCAGCUGGAUACAACUUAAAUAACCGCGUAUUAAAUGUACUGGCACAUCGUUAUGGAUCAGAGAAUGGUAAAAUUGCCUUUGAUGAUUUCAUUCUUUGUGCUGUUAAAAUAAAAACAUUCAUUGAAAUAUUUAAAGAAAGAGAUACUAAGGGAACAAAUACAAUCACAUUUAAUAUGGAUGAUUGGAUAGAAAAAACAAUAUACUCAUAGAAGCCAAAUAAAACUAGCAUCCAACAAAAUCAAACAAUAUUAUUUGAAAUAGAUUAUUAAGAAAUGCUAGUUUUUUAAAGAUUUAUUAAUAUAACUUUAUCACAAAAUUGUUGUAAUUGUAACAAUGUUAAACUAUUAUUAAGUACAAAUUAUUUUUUUCCUUAAUUUGUUAAAAUUCAUAUGCUUUAUUUAUAUUUAUUCUUUAAAACUCUAUAUUUUCUAGUCUUUUUAGCAAUUUAAGAUUAUAAUAUCGGCGCUGUAAAUAUUUGGUUUUUGUUCAAGUGUUACAAUCAACAAAUUUUGUGGGUAAAAAUGUUGUACAAUUGUGCAUUUUUCUUAAAUGUGCAAACAUACCAAUUAAUUGUAUUAUUUUAUAUAUACUUACAAAGUCUUCCAUUAUUGUAUGAAAUAUUAUUGUAUUAAAUUUUUUUGUUUCUAUUUAUUUAAAGUUUCAUUUUAUAAUUUUUAAGCAUUUAAUUUUUGUUAUUAAAUAUUAACAAUGUGUAAGUGUCUUGUACUUAUUGCAUACGUGUAUGCGGUGCCUUAUAAUGCCAAUUAUUUUGAAAUAAAAUAUAACUGAACAUUACUAA